AUGGGUUCGAGCACUGCCUCACUCAGAAAGUUCGAAAAAACUGCCAUUCCGUUUCUUCUGUUGCUGGCAGCGUUUGGCGUGAUGGUGUGUGCACCAGCGCAGGCAGCACGGGUGUUGAAGGCGAACCUGGUCAACCCGAAUGGACCAAUUUCCGCACACAAUGCGCUUGGAUCCUUCCCUUACUCAGCAUCUGGGCAACCUUUCCCUGUCAUAGCAGAUGAGCAUUCCGCUCCUGUCCAAACAGGCGUGGAAUCUGAGCCGUCAACAGGCUCCGCCGUGGUGGCUGCUGUGGCAUCUGAGCCAUCCACUGACCCCGUCUCUGUGCCUGCUGUAGCCGUGGAUGGCGGUGAUGGGGAGAUGGGAGACGAGCCUGAUCGUGCUGAAUUCAACUCUCCUGACGCCAACUCUCCUGACGCCAACUCUCCUGACGCCAACGCUCCUGCUCCUGUUCCAAGUGCCUGGUUGAGGCCGGCACAGAUGCCGGAUGAUCUUCAGGUGCCCAAUGACCAUGGUCCCUUCCUUCAGGAGAUCAAUCCCAUGCCAGCUGUCGGCUCAGGGGACGAGGCUCCAGCUGGCAGUGUGCCAGAAAUUUAUGUGGCUCUACCAGAAGAAGCAGCACCUGCUGAGGCUCCAGCAGGCCCGCAGGGUGUUGCAUCCUCGCCUGAUGCUGCUGAUUCUAGUGAUCCUGCUCCUGCUGCUGUUCCACACGCCUGGCUGAGAUCAGCACAGGUGCCCAACGACCCUCAGAUCCCCAACGACCAUAGCCCCUACCUCCUGGGGUCAGAUGAGGACGAGGCUCCAGCAGGCAAUGAGGAUGCCCUUGUGCCAGAAGUUUACGUUGCUCUGCCAGAAGAAGCAGCACCUGCUGAGGCUCCAGCAGGCUCCCAGAGUGUUGCACCCACGCCUGCUGCUGCUGAGUCCAGUGCUGCUGCUCCCUCUGCUGUUCCAACCGCCUGGUUGAGGGCAGCACAGGUUCCACAUGAUCGUCAGGUGCCGAAUGUCCAUGGCCCCUACCUUCUGGGGACUGACCCCCUCAUUCCAGCUGUGGGUUCAGAGGAGGAAGCCCCGGUGGGCGGUGAGCAUGCACUGCUGCCCGCUGUUCUUGUCCCUCAGCCGCAGGAAGAAGCACCUGAGGAUGCUCCAGCAGCAGGAUCCCAGGGUGUCCCGUUGAUGCUUGAUGGUGCUGAGUCCAAUGCUGUUCCGGUUCCAAACGACCAUGGUCCCUACCUUCUUGGAGUUGAUCCUGCCGUUCCAUCUGUGGGUUCAGAGGACGAGGCUCCAGUAGGCGAUGGGCAUGCACCCUUGCCAGCUGUUCUUGUCCCUCAGCCAGCGGAAGAUGCACCUGAGGAAGCUUCCAAAGCAGCCUCCCAGGGUGUUGCACCCAUGCCCGAUGGUGCUGAUUCCAGUGUUCCUGGGCCUGUUCCAAAUGCCUGGUUGAGGCCGGCACAGAUGCCAACUGAUUAUCAGAUCCCAAAUGACCUUGGUCCCUACCUUUUGGAGAUUGAUCCCACUGUUCCGUCUGUGGGUUCGGAGGAAACGCUGUUGCCAGUCGUUCUUGUCCCUCAGCCCGAGGAAGAGGCAUCUGGAGAGGCUGCAGGCGGCUCCCAGGUUGUUCCAUUCGAGAAUUAG